UGAGCUCUCUCAAAUGCCAAAAAAAGAUGUGAACGUAACUGGACAUUUAACAUUUUCGAGAAGCUAAACGGCGAGUGAAGAAGGUGAGAGAGAGAGAGAGAGAGAGAGAGAGAGAAGAUGACGGUGACGACGGCGACGUUGGGAGGAGGAGCACACAGAACGGUACUGAUAACAGGAGUGAGCAGAGGGAUUGGGAAAGCCCUAGCCCUAGAAUUGGCCAAGAGAGGCCAUACCAUCAUUGGUUGCUCUCGCUCACAGGACAAGCUCAAUUCUCUACAAUCAGAGCUCUCCUCUGUCUCUUCCUCUUCUUCCCAACCUCCUCAAUCCAAUCCUUCCUCCUCUAAUAAGCACCUUUUCAUGAAUGUCGAUGUGAGGUCAAAUAGCAGUGUUGAAGAGUUGGCACGUGCUGUGAUGGAAAAGAAAGGCGUUCCAGAUAUCAUAGUAAACAAUGCAGGGACCAUUAAUAGAAACAACAGGAUAUGGGAAGUUCCAGCAGAAGAGUUUGAAACUGUCAUCGAUACUAAUUUAAAGGGGGUAGCAAAUAUGUUGCGUCAUUUCAUCCCUCUUAUGAUUGAGACCAAGCAAGGGAUUAUUGUCAAUAUGUCAUCUGGGUGGGGAAGGUCUGCUGCUGCACAGGUUGCUCCUUAUUGUGCUUCAAAAUGGGCGGUAGAGGGUCUAACUAGGUCAGUGGCGAAGGAGUUACCCAGUGGAAUGGCAAUUGUUGCACUUAAUCCAGGUGUGAUAAACACUGACAUGCUUGCAUCUUGCUUUGGCAGUUCGUCGGCUCUCUACCAGACACCCGAGUCAUGGGCUCCAAAGGCAGCUACAAUGAUACUCAAUCUUACUAUGGCAGACAAUGGUGCAUCGCUCACUGUGUGAAUGGACGCAUCUGAGCAACAUCCUGUUAGUCGUUUGUGCAGAUAUAUCAAGAUGAAGAUCUUCCGGCGUUCAAGUCAUAGUAAUAUUCUACGAUUUGGUUAAAGCAUAAGAUUUGAUUCAUAUGACCUGUAAGAGUUGUUAUUUUCAAGGAAUUGAUCAUGUCUUGUGAAUUCCCAGGAAUACACUCGAGGAGAAAUAUGUGAACAAGGGUCUUCAUACUAUUCUAUGAGACGCUUGGUACAAGAUAGUAAUUUAGAUUAGCAACCUGUAAUUGUAAUGUGGGAACUUUAACAAUAGAGUUUGUUGAAAUUAUUAUUAGGAGGGUUAAGAUAGCAA